GUAUGGCUUAAGUUGCAGUCCUACAGGCAGAACACAGUACAAUACAGAGGAAAUGAUAAACUAGCCCCUAAGUUCUAUGGUCCCUUUCAAAUAAGCCAAGCUGUAGGAAAAGUAGCUUAUCAGUUGCAUUUACCACCUGAAGCCAAGAUUCACAAUACUUUUCAUGUAUCUCAGUUGAAGGAGUUCAGAGGCAUACUUCCAGCUAAGCCUCAUAUUCCUAUUUGGUUGCAUAAUAUGGACAAGGGGAGCAGAUUGGAACCGGUAGCUGUGUUGGCCAGACAGAUGGUGAAAGUUCAGAAUCAAGCUAAAGUCAAGUUUCUCAUUCAAUGGCAAGGGCAAGAUAUGGCAGAUGCUACUUGGGAAUGGGCAGACAUUAUCAAGACAAAGUUUCCAAGUUUUUAUAAUCAAAUGACUUGAGGGCAAGUCAUUAGUGAAGGGGGGAGUAUUGAUACAGUUGUAUUCGGUUGAGGAGUUAGUUAGCCAAUAUUAUACAUCUGUUUAGUUAGUUGAACAAGUUGUUAAUUAGCUACAGCAUAUAUAGCCAUUGAAUGGAGAUUGUAAAGACAGGCAUUUUUCUCGAAUAAACAAUACUUCCGCAUCCCUUUCAUCUCUAUCCUCUAAAUUCUCAGUUCUUGUGUGAGUUCAAUUCUCGAAUUCUCUUCUCCAUUUCUAUGGGAAUUCCUGGAUUGUAACAGCUUCAUAUGCCAGAUUACCGCACAUCUCUUCACCUAAUCGAUAUUAGGGUUCAGAGCUUCAUAUGCGAGGAAGAUGAUGGUUUUAAAGACACCCUUAUUGCAGGUCUCUAACUUCUUGAAUUUUAAUGUGUAAGUUUUUGGCUCCUUUGUAGUACAAGAUAUUCAGGGCAGAAUUUAUAAUUUUAACCGCAUCCAUCUCUUCACCCAGCUCGGCAUUAGGGCUUUAUGCUCUCACUACACGAGUAGUAGGGGUACUCUCUGUCUCUUUGCUUUUGUUCUUAAUUUAUACUACGUACGCACUUCCAGUUAUUUCUUAAUUCAUUGUUCUCGGUUCUGUGUAAGUCCAGUCUGUUUCAACUUUGUGGAAGUGCAUGUAAAAACACAUGGCCAAGAGUUUCCAAAUCCUCAACAACCAUUCUCAUUGUGAAUUUGAUUUUAUAGUACUACUACAAUCCUCGAAUAAAGGCCUGCUCAGAAACAAUGUACUUAUAAAUACUAAAUAAGAAUUAAUGACCAAGAAGUAGUAUAUGUAUAUAUAUAUAGGACCCCCAAUUCAAAGCAGAGUUACUUUAGGCAUAUAGGGAGUGAUAGCUCUCUGUACAUAUCAUCCCACUCAUUUCUUUUAUUUCUAUUUUUAUUUUUUUCCUUUGCGAUCCUUUUUCAUCCAUUUUCUUAAAAAAAACUCCUAACAGUUGCUUUAUAUGCACUCUUUCGUCAAAGCGCUCUUGCUAUCUACAGUGUUUGCAUAUUCUCACAAAUAUUGAGAUGCGAUUUUCUGGAAUAUGAAAGUUAAGUGAUACUGAUAGGCAAUAUUUGUAUGGAUUUUUUUUGAAAGGAUAUUUGUAUGGAUAGAAAUGGCAAUAACUUUUAUUAUUUAUUUAACAAAAAUGAAGAGAGUCAUUGUUAUACAUGAAAUUUGGGGUGAAAGUGAGUUGUUAAUACUAUCCCGGUUGUGUUUUUGAAUUGUCAUGCAAGAAGAGCAAGAGUGAGCAAGACAGGAUGGAGUUAUGCCAGUUGCUGUUAAUACUAUAUUAUUCACCCAGGAGAGCAAGACAGGGCUAUCGAACUACGAUUUCUGUAGAAUUUAAUAGUCAUCAUACACUUUUCUUCGUUUCUUUUAUUUUACCAGCAUUUCACCUGAAGCAACUUUGAACACAGGAGUCCAAAUGUUUCAGUGGCUGUACAAAUUGCAAGAUUCAUUGCAAGGCAGGAUGGAGUUAUGCCAGUUGCUGUUAAUGCAAUGUAAAAUCUACUGUGGAGACCGAAUGCAGGGGUCCAGGUGCUCUUCCUCCGGACUGAAACAGGCGUUCUAUAUAUCAGGCGUUCUAGAGAAAUUGAUAUGGAUUUCACAAGUGUUAGUUUCUCUCAUAUAAGGCGUUCUAUGAAAAAAGGCUGAGGGUCGCAGAACCUUGAACAGCGUUUUUGGUCAUUUUAUUCUCCUAGCUGAAUUACUUGUGUUCGUAGCAAUCACGUGAAAAAAUUGGUCUAUACAUGUGAACAGCCGCUUUUACUGACGUUCUUCGCAAUCACUUAGAAAGAAUUGGUCUAUAUAUGUGGCACAUUAUCAAGAGUUUGAGAAUAAACAUGAACUGAAGAACUUCA